GGAGCCCCGUCGGAGGCUCCCGGAGCCGGGCUGACCCCCGCAGCGGAGCCCCGUCGGAGGCUCCCGGAGCCGGGCUGACCCCCGCAGCGGAGCCCCGUCGGAGGCUCCCGGAGCCCGGCCGCAACCGGGAGCGGAGCUCCGUCGGGGUAGCCGGUUGUACCGCAGGCAGAGCCCCGGAGCCCGGUCGGAGGAGCCUCCCGAAACCAGCGGGACCCCCAACCCUCGGUGAGCGGCGGUGCCCGGGGGAUCACCCCCCGGUCCCUCCAUGGACUGAGAUGGCCUCGGAGCUGGCCAUGAGCGCGGAGCUGCCCACCAGCCCCCUCGCCAUCGAAUACGUGAACGAUUUCGACCUGAUGAAGUUCGAAGUGAAGAAGGAACCGGCGGAGGCGGAGCGGCUGUGCCACCGUCUGCCCGCCGGUUCCCUCUCCUCCACCCCGCUCAGCACGCCCUGCUCCUCCGUGCCUUCCUCGCCCAGCUUCUGCGCUCCUAGUCCCGGUGGGCAACCGGCCCCCGGUCCCCCGACUACCACCGCCGCCUCCCUGGGCUCCAAACCGCAGCUGGAGGAGCUGUACUGGAUGUCGGGUUACCAGCAUCACCUCAAUCCCGAAGCUCUCAACCUGACGCCGGAGGACGCGGUGGAGGCGUUGAUCGGUGCCCCUCACCAUCAUCAUCAUCACCAUCAAGGUUACGAGCCUUUCCGACCUCAGCCCUUCGGUGGCGAGGAGCUACCACCGGCCGCCCAUCAUCAUCCCGGCCACCACCAUCAUCAUCAUCACCACCUGCGCUUGGAGGACCGCUUCUCCGACGAUCAGUUGGUGAGUAUGUCGGUACGGGAGCUGAACCGGCAGCUGCGGGGCUUCAGCAAGGAGGAGGUGAUCCGCCUCAAGCAGAAGAGGAGGACCUUGAAGAACCGAGGCUACGCUCAGUCCUGCCGUUACAAGCGGGUCCAGCAACGGCACAUCUUGGAGAACGAGAAAUGUCAACUCCAGAGCCAGGUGGAGCAGCUCAAGCAGGAGGUGACCCGCUUGGCCAAGGAAAGGGAUCUGUACAAAGAAAAAUACGAGAAGUUAGCCGGCCGGGGCUUCCCGAGGGAGCCCUCCCCAUCCGCCGCCCCCAAACCCGCCGCUGACUUCUUCAUGUGAGCCGCAAAG